AUGGCCGAUAUCGAGAGACCGCAGGGUCCCGCAUCGUCUACCACCAGUGUCGAGACCCUCGGUUCGCCAGUCGAGUCGGAUAUCGACCUUGAAAAAGCAGAUACCAUUCGCCAGAUCCCUACCUCAGGCACGGCUGCCGCAGCUACACGGUCGCAAACCAUUGGCAGAACACGCUCUGUGGCUACCGAUGGCUACUCCGCAUAUACAGUCGACGAGGAUGAAAGUGAAGAGGCUGCUGUGGCGCGCACGAAGACCAGUCCGUUUGAAGUUUGCUGGGACGGACCAACCGACAACGAGUGUCCUCGCAACUUCAACGUCGCCCGGAAGUGGAUCAUUGUACUCAUCACUUCUGUUGCUUCAUUCUGCGUAACAUUUACUUCGUCCGUGUAUACCACCACGUACGAGCAGCUCAUGGACGACUUCCACUGCUCCAGAGAAGUCGCCACGCUGGGUCUUUCACUGUUUGUUUUGGGGUUAGCCUUUGGGCCAAUGCUUCUGGGUCCGCUGUCCGAGUUCUAUGGUCGAAGACCCAUCUACAUCACGUCGAUGUUCUUCUUCCUGAUCUGGCUGAUCCCCUGCGCGGUCGCCCAAAACAUCCAGACCAUGAUCGUGUGCAGAUUCUUUGACGGCUUCGCGGGCAGUGCGUUCCUGGCCGUGGCGGCGGGCACCGUGGCAGAUCUGUUCGAGCCCAAGGACAUCGAGUUCCCCAUGAUGAUCUUUACUGCCUCGCCGUUUCUGGGUCCCGCGGCUGGCCCCAUAGUUGGCGGAUUGAUCAACGAGUUUACUUUGUGGCGAUGGACUUUCUACACACUCCUGAUCUGGACCGGCGUCUUACUGGUCCUGGUCAUUUUCUUCGUCCCUGAGACAUACCAUAAAGUCCUCCUCAAACGCCGCGCCGAGCAGAAGCGCAAGGAAACAGGAGACAACCAAUGGUACGCGCCAAUUGAGAAAAUCGACCGCACCAUCCUGGGGACGCUCAUCCACUCAUGUUCUGUACCCUUUGAGCUUCUGUUUUACGAACCCAUGUGCCUCCUGCUCUGCAUCUACGCAGCCAUCCUCCUGGGGAUCGUGUACCUGUUCUUCGGCGCGUUCCCGCUCGUCUUCGGAACCAACCACGGCUUCUCGCUGUACCAGGUCGGACUGACCUUCAUCGGUCUCGGACUGGGCAUACUCAUGGGCGUCCUGACGGACCCAUUCUGGCACAAGAACUACGUCAAAUUGGUGCAGAGGCUGGAGGAGCAGACUGGAGAGGUCGGAAUCAAGCCCGAGCCAGAGUUCCGCUUGCCGCCCGCCAUGUUUGGCGGUAUCCUCGUGCCCAUUGGGCUCUUCUGGUUCGGGUGGACGACAUAUUCGAGUGUUCACUGGAUUGUGCCAAUCAUUGGCAGUGCUGUCUUCGGCAUUGGCUUAUUCCUUGCCUUCACUGGCAUCUUGACAUUCCUUGUCGACGCCUACCCCAGCUACGCCGCCAGCGCAGUUGCAGCCAACUGUCUCGUCCGGCUAUGUUUUGCCGGAGCCUUCCCCUUGUUCGGGACACAAAUGUACGAAAACCUCGACUACCAAUGGGCCUCUUCGCUCCUGGGCUUCCUUGCCCUGGCCUGUGUACCCAUGCCGUUCUUCUUCUACAAAUACGGCAAGAAAAUCCGAUCGCGGAGCAGGUUCAACAAUUCCGCAUAG